AUGAACUACAGGCGGCUGGAUUCCGCGCGCCGCGAGAUCCGGCUGCUCGAGGUCCAGUCUGCCCGCAACCUCGAGGACCCGGUCGAGUGCCGGGUGGUGACGUACAGGCUGACCGAGAAGCUCGACUUCAUCGCCCUGUCGUCGCUCUACGGCGACCCCAACGAGGUCGACCAGAUCUACGUGGGCGGGCAGCCCGUCCACCUGACCAAGCACCUCAUCCAGGCACUGCAAAAUGUCCGUGCCGUCUUCUACCCGACCGUCUCGCAGCGCUACCAGCGCACGCCGGCGCGCAAGCCCCACGGCGCGUCGCGGUGGCUGAGACAGCUGUUCGGCUUCAAGUCCAAGUCCAAGGACGAGCUGAACCAGCCCCGGCCUCUGCUGGUCUGGCUCGACUACCUGUGCGUGAACCAGAAGGACGAGGCCGAGAAGUCCAAGCAGCUGGUCGAGAUGUACUACAUCUACAAGGCGGCCGAGCUCGUCGUCGGCUGGCUGGGCCCCAAGUCCGAGUACACCGACGUCGCCAUGCAGACGCUGGGCGAGAUCGAGGACGCCAUGCCGGCGGCCUGGGGCGACCCCGGCGACAGGGAGAAGCACCCGGAGAACUACUCGCCGCAGCACAAGUGGGCCGAGCCCAUCACGCACAUCUGGUCGCCUGGCCCCGACGGCGAGAUCCCCUUCAUGAUGCCGCACUGGGUCGGCUGCAACGACUUCAUGGGCCGGCAGUACUUCCAGCGGCGGUGGAUCCUCGAGGAGCUCGCCCUCGCCCGGUUCCCGACCUUCUUGAUCGGCGACAUCAUCGUGCCCUGGAAGCAGGUGCUGCGGCUGAACCGCAUGAUGGAGGAGUUCAAGUACAACCCCUCGGACGUCUUCUCUCCAGAGCUGAGCGCCAUGAUCGCCGAUUUGCCCCUCGAGACAGCCCACAAGCUGCUCGAUGAGUUCGCCAAGAAGGAGGCGCUGGAGGAGGCCAAGAUCCUCAAAGAAACUGGCGGCAGUCGGGCGACGUCGUCGACGCGGUCCACCGAGUGA